AUGACGCCCGACAUCUAUGACUCGGACGAUGUCGCGAAUCGAUCCCCACCCAUGGUGGCGCAAAAGAUCAAUUAUGCUGUAGAAGAGCCUCCACCACCCUUUCUCCCUCCCUCCGAUGGCACUCCCCAUCUUCCCCUGGGAACUUCAGGUUCCCGUAAGCUUAAUCAGCCCGAAUCCCAGGCCCCUACCGGCUUAGGCGACUUGGUUCUGAUGAAAUCUCUAGCGCCAAACCAUCCGGAAAUCGCAGAACAUGCCUGUGCCAUUCCGUUGACGGAAGGGACCGAUGAGGAGUCCAACGACCAGUCAACUACAAUAACUGACUCGAAUAAUGCCCUAUCGACGCUGCCACUGCCCGUACCCACGAAGAUCCAGAUUAAGCCGGAUUUUGUUCCUCCCCGACAACGACCCCGCCUGCAAUCUAUCACUGACUUGAAUCGCUCAGCGGAGCCAAUCCGAAUUUCUCCGCCAUUUCACGACUCCACCCCCGACCUGAAUCGCAAACUGCCAUGCCUGCAGCCUUUCCAAUCUCCUCCCUCCCCAGUGACAGGGACUUCCCCUGAUACCAGCAAUACCCAGUCCCUCCCCUCUAUAUCCUCCGCGCUCAAUGCUCUCGGUCCAGAGUUCUCGUCGGUCCCCAUCCCUGCUCCCACUUCAACCUACUCGUAUCCCUCGUGUCCUGGCUCGGCCACAUCACGUAAUGACUCGCCGCAUGAACGCCAACUACCAGGGAUCUUGUCGCAGCAGAUCCCCAUCAGUCCCUUUUCACACUUCUCCCCCGUGAGCGCCAAGGAUGUGUCCACUCACCCGUCGCCAGCUUCACAACCGGCAUCAUGGCGUGCCAUCCCGUCCAAACCUUCGGUCCCGGUUCCGUCGCUACCACCGCCGAUGCCCCAUAUCGAAACAACCCCUAUUGCUUCAGCUCCUUAUGACAUGUCGCCUAUGACUGUCAAGAGCCCCGCCACCAGCUAUCCAACCCCAACAGAGCAGACUGGCCCUGGCCAAGCUGGAGAUCGUUCAUUUAGUUCGCAUCUGUCUACAAUCAAUCCCAAUGGGACCAUAUGCUCGGGCAAUUAUAAAUGCACGCAUCUGGGGUGUAACGCAGCACCCUUCCAAACCCAAUAUCUGCUCAAUUCUCAUGCCAAUGUGCAUUCUCAAGAUCGACCACACUUUUGUCCCGUAGAUGGGUGUCCCCGUGGUCUGGGUGGAAAGGGCUUCAAACGAAAGAAUGAGAUGAUGCGACAUGGCCUUGUCCACAACUCACCUGGUUACGUCUGUCCCUUCUGCCCGGAUCAACAGCACAAGUAUCCACGGCCGGAUAAUCUUCAAAGGCAUGUCCGGGUCCACCAUGUUGAUAAAGAUAAAGACGAUCCAAUCCUUCGACAGGUUCUUGCACAACGCCCUAUUGGCAGUACACGAGGACGACGGCGGAGAAUGAAUGCCUGA